AUGGCGGGUGGCAGUGGCUCAGAGGCCGAGGCCUCCGGACUUGUCAACACGCUCCAAGGACAUGUCGAUGAAAUCCGAAGCCUUAUACAAUGCGGAAUUUGUAUUCGACCCCUAUACGAACCCUUUACCCUUGCCUGCGGGCAUACGUUUUGUUACACUUGCCUGUCAUCAUGGUUUGGUGGUGGAAGAUCGAAGAGGACAUGCCCGGACUGCCGGGCACCCGUCAAGACCCAGCCUGCUCCGGCAUAUCUGGUUCGCGCAGUAGUCCAGAUGUUCACAAGUCGUGCAGAGCUCUUAGACAAAGGAGAAACCACAGCGGAGCACUCGGAGCACCAAAAAUCGGAAUCAGAUCGAGUGGAUAAAGACAAAGCAGAUGCUCAUCCCCAAACUGGGGGUCUGUUUGGGGGUCUCUUCAAGCCAAAAGCCCCUGCGCUCAAACCUUUGGUUGAUGUGGAUGAUGGAGUAAUGCGCUGCCCUCACUGUCAAUGGGAACUUGAAGACGAUGCAUGCGGAGGCUGCGGUUGGGUCUACCGCCCGGAUGAAGGCCUGACAGACUACAGUAUUACGGACGAUGAUUAUUAUGAUGAGACCGAUUUCGAUUCGAUGGUUGAUGGGGAGGAGGCUGAAGAGGAUGAGUUUGGUGACCUUGAGGAUGACGAUAGCGUUUGGGGAUCUUAUGGUGACCCGUACGCGCAUCAGUUCUAUCUUGGAGUAGGAGCUGGAGAUCCUACUCCCUCCAUAUUUGCUCCUCUGGCUCAUGCGUUAGGGGAGCACGCAUACCAUCCCCACCCAUGGGGGCAACGCGUUCACGACCUUGAUGGUAGCCAAUAUGAUGAAGAGGAGGAGGAUGAUGAUUAUGAUGACAUGGACUCCUUCAUCGACGAUGAGGAGCACGCACAUGGGGAAGAUUACGACUCUGAUCACUCCACAGUGGUUGAUGGCACUCAUUCCCGAGUGGGAGGGUCACCCCGUCGAGGAUUGCCUCAAUCUGGCCCCACUUAUGUUGACACCGAUAAUUCAGACGAAGAUAGCGAAAUCGAAGAAGAUGAGAGCAGUUUUGUGGCGCCCAGAGAGCCUUGGGAGGUGUCAUCACCCUCUCAUGACGAGGACACCUCGAGCAGUCCUACAUACCACGAUACCCGUUCUUCUCCGAUGCACUCGUUGAUAGAUGACGAAGAUGACGAAGAUGAUGAUGAAGAAGAAGAGGCUCCUCAUCUCGCCACGGGCAGAAGACGCUUCUAUGAUUCGCAUCCAGAUCCUGCUUUGGAGGAUUUGGAUGAUGAGUCCGCGAGUUCCAGCUCCCCCCAAGGCCCCCCGCAAGAAUUGCCAGGAGUACAGGAGCCUCCGCCACCAAUGCCAUCACGAUUGAUGAUUCCGAGGAUGAGCAACCAGUUGGUCCCAUGA